GGUCGUUGUGGAUGUCUUGUGAAAGACUCACAGCUCCAUGGGUAACAACAACCGAUGAGAAGGAUAUGUAACUGCAAACGAUGACAUGACGAUCAGAGAGGGCACGUCCUAAGAUGAUCCCGGGGCGCACUUUGGCACUGCGUAUUUGGACACACCACAUGGGAUCUUAAUGUUAAUUGUGGGUAUUCACCGGUUGAGUCGAGCAGUGGUGCGUGUGAGGAGACUGGCAGCUCAUCUCUGCAGCACAACCAUGGCAACAACAACAGACAGCCCUCCCUCUCCUGUGGUCAAUGGGGACACACCCACUGCAGCCAUCGUCAUCAUUGGCGACGAAAUCCUCAAGGGCCAUACUGUGGACACCAACAGUGCCUUUCUAACACGAAGACUGCGUAAACUCGGUGUGUCUGUGCAGCGUAUAUCAGUCAUACCAGACGUCCAGGAGGUGAUUUCGAGUGAAGUGUCCCUCCUUUCACCUCAGUACACCCACAUCAUCACUUCAGGAGGCAUCGGUCCCACUCACGAUGAUGUCACCUUUGAAAGCAUCGCCAAAGCGUUUAAGGAGGAUCUGCACCCACACCCUGAGCUCAGCCAGCUGGUCAAGGAGUUUUUUGGAACUGUAGAUAAAGAAAGUGCUGCUAUGAAGCUGGCCAUGGUGCCUCAAUCAGCUAAACUCAACUAUGGCACUGACCCUCAAACGGGAAAACGUCUCCGCUAUCCACUUGUCAGUGUUCAUAAUGUGUACAUAUUCCCUGGGAUCCCGUCUCUGUUGGAGAGAGCUUUUAAUGGACUGGAGCACCUUUUUGCCAGUUCUGGGACCACGUUUCACACUCGAGAGAUAUUUGUAGAUGCCGAUGAAGCAGAGAUUGCCCCUGUCUUGACCAAACUUCAGGCAGACUGGGGUCGUAGGGUGGCUCUAGGAUCUUACCCAGACUGGCUCAGUAACUACCACAGAGUGCGGCUGGUCGUGGACUCAAACAGCACUGAGGAGGUGGAGAGGGCUCGGACACAGCUGCUCGAUGCUCUGCCUGAGGGGAGCGUGGUGCCCCUGGUUACUGACCCGGUAUCGCUCGCCACAGCUGAGGUGUACUCUCUCGCUAACAGUGGUACAGCUUUGGGCGACAGAGUGAUGUCUGCUUUAAAAACCAUUGAGUCUGCGCUGGAUCAGUAUUCAACAGAGGAGCUCUGUGUGGGCUUCAAUGGAGGCAAAGACUGCACCGCGCUGCUACAUCUCUACUACGCUGCGCUCAAACGGCGCUACUCAGACAGCAAGGACAAAGUGAAGGCUCUGUACAUUCGCAUUGUUUCCCCAUUCCCUGAAAUGGAGAGGUUUCUUCAGGACACAAUCAAACGAUAUGACCUGGAGGUGUUCUCAGUGGAGGGCAGUAUUCGUCAGGCCCUCAGUGACGUGCAGGAGAGGAGACCGGAGCUGAAGGCCGUUCUGAUGGGGACCAGGAGGAGUGACCCCUACUCUCUCACCCUCACACCCAUGUGCCCCACUGACCCGGGCUGGCCCACCUACAUGAGGGUCAACCCAUUACUGGACUGGACGUACCAUGACAUCUGGGCUUUUCUUCGGACAUUAUACGUGCCAUACUGUAUCCUCUACGACAAAGGGUACACUUCACUGGGCAGUAUGGACAACACUUACCGUAACCCGGCCCUGCAGACAGUGGACAGUCGUGGCGUGACCCGGUACAAACCCGCCUACCUCCUGGAAAAUGAAGAAGAGGAGAGGAACUCGCGUGCCUGAUUUCGUCGUAUUCGAGUAGAUUUACAUGUUUUAGUUAAGCCGUGUUUUAAUGAUAGAGUUAAAGAAAAAUGACUGCACCAACACGUUCUUUUGUAAAUUUAAAUAAAAACACGAGUUGAAAUCAACUUUCGUCAC